ACUCUGAUUCCUCUCUGUCUCUGUCUCUCUCUCUCACCCAACUCCUUCGACCAUUUUUAUUUGGGCAUCUCUGCCUUUUCUCUCUCCAAUUUUCUCCAUCCCAACUCCGGUUAGGCCAUUCCAAAAUUUCAGUUGCUCUAUUCAAUGGAAGCUCUUACUAGGCCACCUUCAUCUCUUAUGCUGCGCAAUCCUCAAAGGUCCAAUUCAUCAUUCACUCCAUCUUUCCCUCCAAAAACCCAAAACCACCCAAGAAAAAUUCAUCACAGAAUCCAAAUUACCAACUCUGCUAGCUUCCUAGACUUGGAACCCAAAUCAAAACCAGAGUCCUUGAGCUUUGACCUCCCAAGGCUCGAUCCAUCGGACCGGUCCCGGUUUGAUGUGAUCAUCAUUGGUGCCGGUCCAGCCGGCCUUGGCCUGGCGGGGCAGGUGUCAAGUUAUGGAAUCAAGGUCUGCUGCGUUGACCCAUCACCACUUUCUGCGUGGCCAAACAACUACGGUGUCUGGGUUGACGAAUUUGAGAGCUUGGGGCUUGAAGAUUGGUUGGACAAGACAUGGUCCAUGGCUUGUGUCUAUGUCAGCGACGACAAGGCCAAGUACUUGGACCGAGCCUACGGAAGGGUGAGCAGGAAUGGACUGAAAACGAAGUUGUUAGAGGGUUGUGUGUCGAAUGGUGUCAAGUUCUUGAAGGCCAAGGCUUGGAGCGUUGAGCACCAGGAGUUUGAGUCUUUGAUUGUGUGCGAUGAUGGGAGUGAGCUAAAGGGUAGCUUAGUCAUUGAUGCUAGUGGGUUUGCAAGCACUUUUGUGGAGUAUGACAAGCCAAGAAACCAUGGUUAUCAGAUUGCUCAUGGUAUUCUGGCAGAAGUUGAGAGUCACCCUUUUGAUUUGGACAAGAUGCUUCUAAUGGAUUGGAGAGAUACCCAUCUGGGAAAUGAGCCGAAUUUACGGGUUAGCAAUUCAAGAUUCCCAACGUUUUUGUAUGCAAUGCCAUUCGAUUCGAAUCUGGUAUUCCUGGAAGAGACUUCCCUGGUGAGCCGGCCUGUGUUGUCGUAUAUGGAGGUGAAGAAGAGGAUGGUAGCUAGGCUGAGGCAAUUGGGGAUUAGAGUGAAGAGUGUGAUUGAAGAGGAGAAGUGUUUGAUCCCUAUGGGAGGUCCUCUCCCCAAAAUGCCUCAAAGUGUGAUGGGCAUGGGCGGGACAGCUGGGCUAGCCCAUCCUUCGACAGGGUACAUGGUGGCUCGGACCCUGGCUCUAGUCCCGGUCCUCGCCAGUGCCAUUGCAGAGUGCUUGGGCUCGACUCGGAUGAUUAGAGGAAAGCCACUUUAUAGUAGGGUUUGGAAUGGGUUGUGGAAUUUGGAGAGGAGGUCUAUGAGGGAAUACUACUGUUUCGGAAUGGAGACACUAUUGAAGCUUGAUUUGGAUGGGAGUAGGAGGUUUUUCGAUGCUUUUUUCGACUUGGAUCCUCAUUACUGGCAAGGAUUUCUGUCCUCCAGGUUGUCUCUGGCAGAGCUUGCUAUGCUCAGCUUGUCUUUGUUUGGACAUGCCUCAAAUCCUUCAAGGUUUGAUAUUGUCACUAAGUGUCCUGUUCCCUUGCUUAGAAUGAUGGGUAAUCUAGCACUUGAAACAAUUUAAUUAGUAAGAUUGAAUGUGAAACUAAACUUUUGAUAUACAAAUAAAAGUAAGUCUUUGUUUCAUGAAUUUUAAAGACCGUAUUUUAAAAUGUUAUUGGUAUGUAUACUGAAAAUUUGCUGAAUAUGAUUGAUGCAUGUUGAUGUUGGUUA